AUGACGCCCAACAUUUCAGAGAACCAGUUUCUUCGCGCUCCAAGCGAUCAGGAGUUCGAGCCCGUUUAUCGUGAACCCUCCUAUUACAACCCUCUAGAUACGUUCCGACUACCCAGUGGACAAGACCGACACUACCAGCAACAAUAUGGCGACAUGUAUUUCUUGCGACUGGCCAAGUUGAAGCCCGCCGUCGAAGAAAUUGCCGUGGAGGCGUGGGAAGGAUUUAGCAUCGCGGGAGAAAAUGCACGUCGUGUGGAAAGAGUGCUAGAUGUACGACAGGGAGAGCUCUGCUGGGUUGCAGGAACCAUUUACAUGGAUAUGCCACUGAAGCCCAAUAUUUUGGACGAUUUGACCAAGGAGAACUACACUCUCGCCCCUCCUCCUCGCCCGACCUAUCAAGACCCUGCCCACCCCGAAUUGACACAAAUCAUGUUGGAAGAUGAAUCCGGACGACUACGCCUGACGGGCAAUUCGCUCAGCUCUACACAGCUUGCGACCGGCGCUAUCAUUGCGGUCCUGGGAACGGAGAAUGCCAAUGGUGACUUCGAGGUCAUUGACAUCAAGGUGCCUGAUUUGCCUCGACAGCCUCCUCGCUGGGAGAGGGAUGAGGUGGAUUCGACACAGAAAGAGUCUAGCAAGGGCAAAAUUGCAUUCGUUAGCGGCCUCAGCAUCACAGGCACAUCGAGUGAUACCCUCGCAUUAGAACUCUUGACGGACUAUCUCCUGGGCUAUGCAGGGAACUUCUCGACGGAGCAGGAUGAUAACUCGCCACCGAAACCCUCUGCGAUCACGAGACUGGUCAUUGCUGGAAACUCGAUCGGUACUAAUAUGACUACCGAUGCUAGUGCCGAAGAUGAAGCCGCUGCGAAGAAGAAAGCGGGCACCAAGAAGUACGGAUACGACGCUUCCGCAUACAACGCAUCGCCAAUCACGCAGCUAGACUCCUUCCUGGCAGAGAUUUUACCCAGCAUACCUGUUACUCUGAUGCCCGGUGAUACCGAUCCCGCCAAUUUCUCUCUCCCACAGCAAGGCAUCCACCGUGCCAUGUUCCCACGAGCCAGAGCAUACUGCGCUCCACCCCCGGCCGGAGACGAGAAGCAGGAACCCGGCUGGUUUGACAGUGUGACGAAUCCAUGGGAAGGCGAUGUUGAAGGGUGGCGUCUGUGGGGCAGCAGCGGUCAAAAUGUGGAUGACGUCCUUCGCUAUCUGAAUUUCUCAGAUCGUGAAGGAAAGGUCGCCUCUACAGAUGGUGAUGUUGAGGCCCGGGUGCGGAUAAUGGAGGCCAUGUUGCGUUGGAGGUGUGGAGUCCCAACCGCGCCUGACACCAUAUGGUCGUAUCCUUUCCAAACAGAUGAUCCUUUUGUUAUCGAAACCUGUCCCCAUAUCUUCUUUGCCGGCAACCAACCGCGCUUCAAGACCGCGGUCAUUGAGGGCGAUAUGCCCCUGAAACUAAACGGCGCAGACACAAAAAUGACAGGCACCGAGGACGAUAUUUCCGGGCCGCGGGUUCGUCUUCUAUCGAUCCCCAAAUUCAGAGAGACUGGCGAGCUAGUCUUGGUUGAUAUCGAUACACUAGAAGUUGAAGUGGUCAAGUUUGGAGCGUUCGCCGGCCAACAAGAAAAACAAUGA